AUGGCACCCACCAAAGACAUGCUGCUCUCUUCACCCGAUCCACUUGGCAUGUCGAAUGGGAGCAUCCCUAGCCAUUCACCAACGAAAGAAGGCCGCCGCUCUCUAACCACCCCACGCAAAGCCUUGAUCGAAGCAUCGGGUAAUGCACAAGUUCAGGAAUUCUACAUCAACACCCCACCAAAUCCUAGGCGCAAUGUGUCACCCAUGAAGUCGCCGAGGCAAACAACACACCCUACAAGUCCAUGGCGGAUCCGCCUUACAGUCCAAGCUGAGCAAGUCGACGAGAUACAGAGAUCGGAAAUUUCCCCUACGAAACGCCUGACAGAGCGGACCACUACCAUUACGGUGCCCUUGAAAGGCGGCGACGAUACACCACCAGUCGUGGAGAAGAAGGGAAGAGGCCGACCGAGAAAGUCCCUUGAAAAUCCAGUGAAGAGGGCAGGUACCCCAAAACCAAAAGCAGGAGGGAGACGAAAAACCAUACUUGAGUCUCCGAAGAAGCAAGAGGUGGAUGCACACAGUGAGACAGCCACGCCACCUAAGAAGCCCAGAGGAAGGCCAAGAAAGAGUAUAGAGCCCAAGGAUACUGAGGCCAGCCUGGGUCUACCCCAAAAGAAUGACCUCGAUGUGUGGUUGGGAUCAUCAUUAGUUGGUGGAGAAGAAACGGCUGAGACAAGGUCAAAAAUUGCACGGACGAAGAGUAGGGGAAGGAGGCAGGAGAUCACACCUAUGAAAAUUGCUGUGGAUUCGGAUAUUGAAAGCCAAUCUAGCUCAGCAGGAGUUGCGGGGGAUGUCCCCAAAGAGCUGGCGUGGACACUCAAAAGUCAACAGGGUGAGGAAGAACAAACGGACCAGAGAUCAUAUCAAUCGCAUGAGGCGCUCACACCGCAAAUAGAGCAGAGCUUAGUUUCGGGAACGUCUUGCGGGCAGUCAGCCCUUGGACAGCAAAAUGAAGAUGGGUGGCGAUCCAUGAUCAAUCGCGACACUCGCUCACGUAGCCCACAUGGAGACGACGCUCAGGAUCAAACAGAAUUCGAUCCGACUGGUCAGUACCAAGAGUAUAACUCCAUACUCGAGAGUGAGGGUUUUAGUAUGGUAUCAGUAUCAUCGCUACCAUCCAUGGGAGACAAUUCUGUCAGUUCCCCGCAGCAGUAUGGAAGCCUGCAUGAGCAUACUCCAACCAUUACAUCCUCACCCUCAGUCUCACCAGCACCCGAGGCUUUCAAGAAUCGGUCAUCGCCACGUCAACUUGAUAUUCCGUCAGAUGGGACACCCAAACUUGCGAAAGUUGUUCGCGCAGGUAUCGCACUCCAAGGAGUGCUGAGCCCCAAAGACCGAAGCCAGAAGCUGGAUUCGUCGUCCCAAGGGUCUCAGAAGCCGUCUCCGGUCUUGGCCGUAGAGGAGCCAGCACCUCAGCGCGAACUCUCGCAUCGUGUGCCAAAGGACAAAUUGCCAGAAGAGCGUUUAGACGACCUAUUUCGAGGCUUUGGUGCAGGUACGAGGAGGGAAUUGAAAGCUGGCCUUAGACUCGGGGAAGAACUUUCAAAGAGACAGCGGCAAACUUCACAGGAAUCUGUUGCAGGCAUGAAGGAAGGAGACGACGUCUUUCACCAGACAAGUAACCCCAGUUACCCUCAACUACCUGCCUCUGAUCCCAAAGAAGGUCACCUUAUGAAAGCCCCAGGAUCUGAAAGGCAAGUCAGGUAUCCUCUACUCUCGAAUAACCAGUUACCCAGUCCAGAGAGAAGUUUGGUCGAUGAGGAAGAUGACCGUAUGAGCUGGAAAGCAGACACUCCGAUCAAGCAAGAAGUACCCGCGUCGAUGAGCGCGCAGGUUCUCGUGAGUGACGAGUCGAUAGGACCAAACGCCUCGGCCAUCGAUCACACAAUGAUUGCAAGAAAAGAAGAGUGGCAGCGAGAAAGGGAGGCUGUGAGCAAGCAGAUCGAGAUGGCCAACAACAGUCAAGUCAUCGUCAUCGAUAGUGAUGAUGAGGAAGAAGAAAAGCAAGACCUGGAGGAGGAUGUAGCUGACAGCGAUAUCUGGCAAGCAGAAGCGCAACCUGCAGAUCAGUCUAAAGAGACGACACCCGAGGCAUCGGAUGUUUUUCUACAGCCGGAGUUUCUCAAGCCUCGUAGGAGCAAAAUACCAAGCCCUUGGAGGCGCAAUAGCCAAGUCAUCUACAGCGAUGAAGUGGAGCCCACAGAGUCGGACUUGUUUUGGCAGCCGGAUCAGUCCCAGGCAAGAGCUUCGAAGAGACGAAAUGCUCGGAAGGGCAAAAGUCAAGAUCAUUCGGACAUAUCAGCAGACUCCGUUCUCGAUAUUUCGCUGGAGAACACGAGGAAGGCUGAAGCACAAAUCCAACUAGAAGCAUCAAAGGCCUGGCCUGUUGAGAGUCCGCUCCUUAGCAACGACGAAGAUAGCAACAUAGCAACGUCUGCGGAACACACACAUGACCACGGCUCCAUACAACACACUGACCAGACAACAAAGUCUCCCGUGAUCGUAACGCCCAGCGAGAACCAUGCUGUGCGAGAGUUGCCUCCCACUCCGACCACUCCGAAGGAAGCCCUUCUGAAACAUGUCAUAGAGGUCUCGGAGAAGAUUACAACUCUGAAAAUCACAGAAGGCACGUCAGUUGAGCCCAUUUUGCGAACAUCAAAGGACAGCGAAGCCGCUAUCGACCCACGUCUCCUUCAAAAGAAGACAGGCCCACUAAGCGUCUCUAACCGACCUGACCGACCUAUCCGACCUAUCCGACCUAUCCAGUCCUUGCAACCCAUACAGUCCUCAACUUCUUGGCUUUCCCGCCUCACUGCCCCCAUCUGGUCUGUCUUCGCGCAAGCCGCUUCCCUCCCUCCCGCAGCAACAAAGGAGGACAUCCUGUGCUCUUCUCCGCAUGAACCUCUAUGCCAGCUUACACCCUGGGAAGAAUGCCAUUUCCGCGCUCUCGGUCCUCUCUACUACGGCUCCCUCCUCUACGGAGCCCACCUUUUCCCUUUCAACCCACGCUCUCCAUCUGCACGCUACCGCGGAGCGUACGUCACCACUAAACUUGGCUGGUCUCGAAAGAUAACCCCAGAGGACUGUGGCAUUACCGAUGCUUUCAUGGUCUUAUUGGAUGAGCGCGGUUUUGCACUGGGUGAGCCGGGAGCGCGGUGGAUUGAUGAGGGGAUGGUCAUCGCCAUGUGCGUAGCGCUUUGGGUGGGUAUGGUCAAGAGAGGGGAGAUUGAAGUUGAUAGGUCGAAGGGAGAGAGGAUUGGACUGAGAGAUCAGGGUGAUAAAAAGUGGACGAAGGAUGAUAUCGAUUGGGCGAGUAACGAGAGUGCGUAUUUUGAGCGGAAGAGGAGGGAGUUCGAUGGGUUACCUAGUUGGAAGAACAAGGCCUGA